AUGGCGCAUUUGAGUACUGAUCCGGCUUCCAAAGAUCGGUAAAAACUUUGGUGUCCUUCGUCUUAAUUCGCUUCUUAAUUCUUUUUCUACAGUUAAAAUUAAUUUUACAAAAAUUGUGUGUGGAUCAUAUUUCAGAUGGAUCAUGGUUUACCCAGCUUAUUUGAAUAGUAGGAAGACAGUUCAACAAGGUCGACGUGUUCCUAAAGAAAAGGUAUUUUUAUUAGCAAAUUGCUGUUAAAAAAAGACCUUCAAAAAGCUUUUAGAAUUAAAUUUUUGAUCUCCUUAGAUGUCUUUUUUGAAAGAUCUUGAUGUGAAUUUAACGUGGGUGUUGCAAGUAUGUUUAUUUUGCAAUCAGUACACUGCUAAAAUUAAUGAAUGCUAUGAAAUGCACGAAAACGUUUUGUUGGUUUUAUUUUUUAUUUUUAAGGCUGCCGACAAUCCAACAGUUUAUGAAAUAAGAGAUGUCUGCCAGAGUCAAGGACUUAACUGCGAAGUAGAGGUAAAUUAAAUAUUAUAAUCUUUUUUAUUUUGUUUUUAAUUUGUAAAUUUCAAAUCUUUCUUUGUUGUAAGGUGAUUUCUUAGAGAGAAAGCGAGGAAUGUCAGAGAAAAUGUUGGUGUUUAUCGUAGUUUUGUAGAUAAAUGAACGUGUAAUCGUUUUUCUCACGAUUUAGAGACUGAUUUUCAGUGGUACUGAUCACAUUACAAGACCCCUUAGUAUUUAUUAUGCUCAAUAGAGUUUUCUCUCAACCAAGAAGAGGCCACAGGGUUUGUUAUAAGGAGGAAAAUACCCAUCUUGAGAGAAAGUUUAUCCAGGUGGUCUUAUUUUUCAGAAGGAUGACAUUAUACAUCAUGAAGAUGAUUAUAGGUCAAGUUGCUCCUCUCAUUACUCCAAUUCAACUGUCUUUUAAAUUCAAUGAUCAAUAAAUUAUAGUAUAUUUACCAUACAGUAUUCAUAAUAAGUUAUUUAACUUUUAAGGAACAAUGAAACUACUUUUUUUAAAACUACUUUUUGAAAGGAGAUUUAUGACACAAUUGUGUAAUAGAAAGUGUUCUCACCGUGGUAAUGAUAUGUAACACAAUACACUACACUGAUAUAUAACGUUUUGCAAUGUACUUUCAGAACAAAUAUUAUCCUAAAGACAGUGCUAAAGAUGCCUUAUGUAAGGGCAGAGUACGAGUUCAACUAAAACAGAGUGAUGCAAGCUUUGUCAAUGAAAAAUUUCAAUCAAGUAAGUUGAUCUAUAAGCUGAGUGUUCACCACAUGACAGUUUUAAAUGCUGUGGUUCUGUAUUAUUAUUGGUUUAAUUUUCAUUACCUUUCUUUUCAACUGUACAUGUAUAAUCAUUCACUACGGACAAAGGAAAAGAACAUUUUGUAUUUUGAAUAGAAUAAUGACACCUACAUUCUGAUGCAAAUUUUUUUUUCAAUUUUGAAAUUAAUUAUUUUCUACUUAAUGAAGUAUCAGAAUAUCAAAGCAAAAAUGUUCUUUCCAUGUUCCAAAGACAUAUUUUGAACAAGAAUCUGACUGGAUCAUAUUGAUUUUUUGCUUUGCCUUAAGCAGUCUGUCAAAGGAAAAGGUUACUUAGCAUGUUGUUAAAUCCAACACAAGCAAACCACAGACACAACAAAAGUAAUUUACUUUUGCCGCUCAUAGUUAAAUUGUGUUUUCCUCAUAGACUUCAUCUCAAUACUAUAAGGUUCCUGAAAUAUUUCCAGAUUUCCCAAUUUUCCAAGUUUUACAGUAAAUUCCUGUCUCUCCUUAGCCCUUUAACUCCCUGAAGUGAUUAACAUGUAACGUCUCCCUAGAGUAUCCAUGCAUUAUCUAGCAAACAGGUAAUGAGAAUACUCAAACUUAUCAUGUAAAUGAUAUUACCUUGAUUGAAUGCCAAAUUCUUGUAACCAAUUUGCAAGGAAAUGUGUAGUAGCUAGAGGAGAGAAUUAACAAUCAGAUCUUGGGAGUUAAAGGGUUAAAAAGGAAAAGUUUAAAAUGUCCUGUAUUUUGUUUCACAGGGAAAGCAUUAUUUCUCUUUCUUGGUGAAAUGAUCCCCAAGUUGAAAAGUCGUCAAAGUAAGUCUUCACAAAGUGAAAACACAAACCAGCAGCAAGGAGCAGGAGCAACAGCAAAGAAAAAAAAAGGAAAGAAAGGCAAAGGGAAAUAA